AUGGUGCGGUACUCUAAAGGAGCGUUCCGCGAAGUGCUGCGCGACUAUAACGUAGACAUCGCCUACACACCGAUGAUCCUCGCAGACGUCUUCAAAUCCAGCGAAUUCGCGCGCACAGACUACACGACCAACGACAUCGAUAGCCCUGUAGUAGUGCAAUUCGCUGCUCACGAUCCAGUGGACCUGGCGCAGGCGGCGCAGCUGGUUGCGCCCUAUUGCGAUGGGAUUGACUUGAACUGUGGGUGCCCGCAGAAGUGGGCGUACAAGGAGCGCAUUGGCGCGUAUCUGUCUGAUAAACCCGAGACAGUGCGUGAGAUGGUGAGGGCAGUGAAGGCAGUUGUUAGCACACCAUGCUCGGUCAAGAUCCGCAGACACCCGACGGACGACCGGCAGACGAUCGAGCUUGUGAAGAGAGCCGAGAUGAUGGGCGUUGACUGGAUUACCAUCCAUGGGCGGACGCGGCACCAGAAGAGCACGGAGCCGGUGGAUUUCAAUAUCAUCAAGAUGGUCAAGGAGUCGGUUGGUGUGCCAGUGCUGGCUAAUGGCGGCAUAUUUUCUGUCGAGGACGCCGACGAGAUGUACGAGAAGACGGGUGUGGACGGUGUGAUGUCAGCCAGGGGGUUGCUGCAGAACCCGGCACUGUUUGCGGGGUAUGAGCACACACCGCUGGAGGCAGUGCAGAAGUAUCGUCAACUGCGCGCUGGCAUACGGCACACCGACAUUCAUCUUCCACCACCACAUCAUGUUUCAUGA